AUGCACCGCAAGCUGGGCCUGGCAGCCGCCCUGUGGUCUGCCCUGCCCUCCACGCAGGCCCAGGAACUGUCAUCCAUCGACGUCUUCAACCAGCCCGCAGACCCCAACACCUUCUACUCGGACCAGCACGCCUGCCCGCGCGCCUGCGGCGACCUGCCUGCCGAUGAGUGGGAUGUCUUCUCGUCCUUCCAGCGCCUGCGGGUCUGCGACGAGCCCAUGAUCUUCCAGCUGGGUCUGUACGCCGGCAUCAACAGCGAGGACGAGGCCACGCCCCUGAAGGUGCGCGUGUGCACGACGGGUGACGAGACGUCGCAGGUCAACGCGCUCUUCGAGCCCAUCAUCACACCCCCCGAAGUCCUCGAGGCGGCAGCCGCCAACAUCCUCGCGGCACUGGCUGAGCCCGAAAUCGACGACACUGUGGGCAACUUGCAGGAGCGUCAAACCCAGCAGGAGGGAACUGCGCAGUGCGUCGUAGGGGAUCCGGCACAGACUUCUCUCCACCUGAGCCGCACAGGCGAAGGCUCUGCCCAGGGUGCCCAGGCCAUCCUCGACAGCCUGGCCAAGUACUUUGGCAACACUAAGAGUUGUGAGCGCGUCGCUCUCUUCGGUUAUCACAAGGGCACCGUUGCUGGUCUGUACGCGGGCAAUGGACUCAACAAGGCCACCUCGGUGGGAGCCAUUAUCAAGGCGGUCAGCGGUGCCGGAGAGGUGCCCCAGCACGUCUCGGCCGAGGUCUGCGGCACGGGGCGCAACGCCAACCACGUGUUGGGUCUUGUUGUCGACGGCACCGGCGACCUGGCUGCUGUCCAGAAGACGGUGCGAGACUGGAACGAGGCCAAGUGUCUCUCGCAAGACGACACCUCGGCCGCAACCUCGGGCAACGGUGUCGACAUCGAGAUUGCUGAGCUGCCCAUCCCCAAGGUCAUCACGGGAGACCUGGCCAGCAACUCUACUGGCAUCGCCAACGGCACCGCUCUGGCCGGGAGCUUUAGUGCCGGCAUCAAGCGGGCAGACUGUCGUAUCGAACGCGUCAUCAGUGGUGACAGCUGUGGCUCGCUCGCCGCGCGCUGUGGCAUCUCAUCCAACGACUUCACCAAGUACAACUCGGCCAAGGACCUCUGUUCUACGCUCAAGCCCGGACAGCCCGUGUGCUGUUCUUCAGGAUCUCUACCGGAUUUGAAGCCUAAGCCGCAAUCUGACGGCACUUGCUACACGCACUAUGUUAUUGAGAACGACAAUUGUUCUAACCUGGGCGCCAUGUAUACCCUCACCAAUGACGACAUUGAGGGCUUUAACAAGGGCGUCAACGGCACCUGGGGCUGGACGGGCUGCAAGAACCUCAAGUUUGGCAUGAACAUGUGCCUGUCCAAGGGCAAGCCUCCCAUGCCCGCGCCCGUCAGCAACGCCGUCUGCGGGCCUACCAAGCCCGACACGGAGAAGCCGUCCAGUGGUCAGAACCUGGCUGACCUCAACCCUUGCCCCCUGAAUGUGUGCUGCAACAUCUGGGGACAAUGUGGCAUCAGCAACGACUUCUGCCUCGAGAAGCGUGGCGAGAGUGGCAACCCUGGAACAUCGCCCGAGGGAACCAACGGCUGCGUGAGUUCCUGUGGUUCUGAGAUCAAGAAGGACGGGACUUCUCCUGCCUCGUUUGGCCGGAUUGGCUACUUUGAGAGCUGGAACUGGAACCGGAACUGCCUCAACAUGCGGGCGGCGCGGGCCAACACGGACGGCACGUACACACACAUCCACUGGGCGUUUAGCGACAUUGACCAGUCGAACUGGACUGUGAAAAAGAACGACACCAACGGCCAGUGGACCGAGUUUAAGAACCUCCGCGGCGUCAAAAAGAUCAUCUCCUUUGGCGGCUGGGCCUUCUCUAACGAGGCGCCGACCUAUGACAUCCUGCGCCAGGCGAUGAACCCUUCCAACCGCGAGACCUUUGCGAACAAUGUUGUGAAGUUCUUGAAGGACGAGGGCCUGGAUGGCGUAGACUUUGAUUGGGAGUAUCCCGGGGCUCCUGACACCGACUUUCCAGGCCUGCCGAGUGACGGACCAAACUACCUCAAAUUCCUGCAGCUCAUCAAGGGUAAACUUGGUGGAAAGUCGCUCUCGAUCGCUGCGCCUGCUAGUUACUGGUACUUGAAGCAGUUCCCAAUCAAGGAGAUGGCCAAGUUCCUCGACUACAUUGUAUACAUGACGUACGAUCUUCACGGCCAAUGGGAUGCUGGUAACAAGUGGUCCUCGGACGGCUGCCCGGACGGCAACUGCCUGCGCUCCCACAUCAACAUGACCGAGACGACGCAGGUGCUGGCCAUGAUCACCAAGGCCGGCGUGUCCCCCUCCAAGAUCUUUGUCGGCGAGUCCAGCUACGGGCGGUCGUUCCGCAUGGCCAAGGCGGGCUGCGACGGGCCCAUGUGCAAGUACACGGGCGACCGGCUCAACUCGGAGGCCGCGCCGGGCCGCUGCACCAACACGUCCGGGUAUAUUUCGAACGCGGAGAUUGAGAACAUCCGCCAGACGUACGGCGACGUCAAGAGCUGGCACGACGCGCGAUCCAACUCGGACCUCAUGGUGUACGACAAGGUCGAGUGGGUGGCGUACAUGAGCGACACGACCAAGAACACGCGCCGCGAGCACUGGAAGGGGUUCGGCUUUGCCGGCACCAUCGACUGGGCCGUCGACCUGCAGAAGUUCACUGGCGACACCCUCGAACCCCUUAACGACGAGAACGAGGCAGGCGUGAAGCCGCUCGAGAAGUGCAGCGACGUAGGAAAGUACAACAAGCUGGAGGACAUUGAGAAGAACGUCGGGAGCAUCCCGCUGCACUGCCGGUCCGCACAUAUGCUCAACGCCAUGCAGAAGAUCCUGUCCGACUCGCUCUCGGGCUAUGACAAGCUGCUCGCCGGCGGGUAUGACGAGAGCUUCAAGACGUAUGCCGACGUAGUGGUGGACGGCUCCAAGACGGCCGUCGAGGACUUCAUGUACGAGAACGGCAAGGACUAUUUCACCUGCAAGGUCACCGAGACCAUCGACAGCUGCGACCAUUGUAACACCUAUGACCCAGGCGAUAACUACUGCCGGUACUGCGAGGACUACGACUGCGGAUGGUCCAGUAUAUGCGACCAGCCAGAAGUACUCUGCGGGGACCACGAGAAUCGGUACAGAGAUAUAGACAUGCCCUGCCUGCCCGACUACUCGAUGCGGGCCGGCGGCAAACCGUCAACCAGAUACUGGCCGCAGACGACCCAGUGGAAGCUGCGCUCGGACAAGGAGAACGAGUUCUACGGCGCCCUGUACAAGAGCGUGGGCAUUGAUAAGGAGAACAUCCGGUGGACAGACGUGCACCACUGGGAGUGCACCCCGGCCGACUCCAAGGAGAUAUGCCGUAAGCGCAACUGGGAUAUCAACUUCCCCGUGCCUAGCGGCUACGACCGUGAGGACGUGCUCGACCCGAAGGACGUCGUCGAGGGCGCGCGCAAGAACCUGACGGAAAUCGGGCCCAGCAUGACUAACGUGCUCGACAAGGUCAAGGCAAAGACCUUCCGCGGGAACCUGGACGACAUUGUGGACGCCAUGGUCGUGCCUAUUGUCAUGGUCGAGGACGCGGUAGCCCAGAUGGGCAAGGUGAAGGAGCUGGCCGACAAGAUCGACGCGCAGAAGCGCGAGAUGAUCAUUAUGGCCUUCCUCAGCGCCAUCUUCUUCUUCGUGCCCGUCAUGGGCGCCGUCGUGGGUGCAUUCACGUCCCUCGCCAACGUGGCGCGCAUCAUGGCCCUCAUCGGUUCCCUGGGCGGCGCGGGCAUGGACAUCUACGAUAUUGUCAAGUCCGAUGGCAACGACUUCCUCGCCAUCUUUGGUCUCGUGCUGGCCCCGUUCGACAUCAUCAGCGUCGCCAAGAUCACAAAGGCCGCCAACAUCCGGCGCGGCAUGAAGGCCGACGACAUCAAGGCCCUGGGCGACGUGCCCAAGGCCCGCAUGGACACCAUCGAGCGCAUCCGCGGAAACGGCGCGUGCAAGGCAAAGGGCGCCAGGGACCUGACGUUUGAUGACUUGUCAAUGAGCGGCCUGGACGGGAGAGAGUACGGUUUCGUGCUGUCGCCGGUCCCUUUCAAGGGCUGA